AGAGAGCGCUAUAGCCUCAGCCUCUAAGGGCUGCAGCUACGGCAGCAUCUGCCACCGCGCAGGGCCAGGUUCCGCCUCUUUUUUUUUUCCCCUCCCCGUCUGCUCCCCUCGAGUUAUGUCAUCGUGAAGCCAGAGAGACUCCCUCACAGACGCGGAGCGCUUUGGCUUCAGUAGGUUCAGAGCGAGGCUCUCCUAAGUCGGUUGGUCCCCUAUCCCUGGCCGCGCUGUGCCUUGGCGGGUGCUCGCUAAGGAACCCCGCCAGUCACAUUUCUCCCCCAAAUCUUUUGUUUCGCCACUUUUUUCUUUCUGGAAUUCCAAUUUGUCUGGGUGUCUCGUUGAGAAGAGGGUGUUCGACCGUUUCGCCUUCUUGCGGGAAGACUACGAUUGGCGAGGAGAGAGCCGGCCGGCCAGUCUCCUCUAGUCACCGGGGAGUGGGGAAACAAUUUGGGGCGGCGGGGGAAGAGGGGGGCCGCGGGUCUUUCCCGGCUCCCCCGGUGGACGCCUGCAAAGCUGCCUAGACGCAAGGAGGAGACGGGAGCCGCCGCCCGGACCAUACCGGCUCCGUACUCCCUUGAGGACUGGGAGCGAGGAAGAGCUCUCGAUACAAGGACGUCCAGGGGUGCUUUGUCCGCAAGGCGGUGAAGUGUCCUUUGCGCUCCGGGGAACCAGCCUUCCCUCUCCCAGUUCCCCAAGCGCCCCACGUCGGCUCCCCUUUAUCCCCUUGGCUUCCUCGCCCGCGGGAGAGAGACCAAUGCCGCCGCAGCAGGGGGAAGCGGAGUACAUCAGCAAGCCAGUGCCGGGCUGCUGCAGCUGCGAGGUGCCGCCGGUGCCCCCGCGCCGGGUGCGCAGCAGCCGGGGCGCAGCAGCCGCCGCCCUCGGAGCAGCCCUGGGGAACCGCUGCCGGGCUGGGGGCGCGGAGCGGCGGAGCAUCAAGUGCGUGCUGGUCGGGGACGGCGCGGUGGGCAAGACGAGUUUGGUGGUGAGCUACACCACGAAUGGGUACCCCACGGAGUACAUCCCGACUGCCUUCGACAACUUCUCGGCUGUUGUAUCUGUGGAUGGCAGGCCAGUGAGACUGCAGCUCUGUGACACAGCCGGCCAGGAUGAGUUUGACAAGCUCAGGCCUCUGUGCUACACCAACACGGACAUCUUUUUGCUGUGCUUCAGUGUCGUAAGCCCUUCAUCCUUUCAGAAUGUGAGUGAGAAAUGGGUCCCAGAGAUUCGCUGUCACUGCCCCAAAGCCCCCAUCAUACUGGUUGGCACACAAUCAGACCUCCGAGAAGAUGUCAAAGUCCUCAUUGAACUGGACAAAUGCAAGGAGAAGCCAGUGGCCGAGGAGGCUGCUAAGUUGUGUGCAGAGGAGAUCAAAGCUGCCUCUUACAUUGAGUGCUCUGCCUUGACUCAGAAAAACCUCAAAGAGGUCUUUGAUGCAGCCAUUGUGGCUGGCAUUCAGCACUCGGACACUCAACAGCAACCAAAGAAAUCCAAGAGCAGGACUCCAGACAAAAUGAAAAAUAUUUCCAAAUCUUGGUGGAAGAAGUACUGCUGUUUGGUAUAGUGCUGCUGGCCAGAGACCCAGAAAAGGCUAUUUUUAGAAGAAAUACAAAUUAGAAGCUAUAUUAGCUUAAAUGACUUUUCCUUUCACUGUAUAGAAAAAUAUGUGUGUGUGUGUGUGUGUGUGUAUGUAUAUAUAUAUAUAUAUAUAAAUACAUGGCACUGUGGGAGAGUUCAAUUUAUGUUCUUUGUUCUUUUCUUUCUCUUCAAUUUCUUGUGUGAGAGAAGGGGGUAGAUAUACUUUUAUGCAAAUGAUUUUUAAGCAGAUUAAGAAUUUUCCAGCCAUCUGAUCAUUGCACCUCAUCUGAGAAGACACUCCAGACCUGGCUAAAGAUCAUGGAGUUUUUUGUUAUAUUUUAAUAUAUAGAAGGACCAACUGGCAUGAUAGAUUAUGGGAGGAAGAAGAAACCUUGACUUAAUUUGAGGCUACUUAACAAAACAGUGGACUGUGAACAAAGGGUCAUAUGGGCAUUUACAUCUCUCUGAAACAUGGUGCAUGCUAAAGAACAACAUUUUUAGCCUUAGAACUUUAUGCAGACUGCACUUUCACUUAAAAAAAAUCUGAGGAAACUUGCAAAGACUUGCGUGUGUACAACCUCAAAGCAAUUGGUUGAUUUAGUUAUGUCAGUCAAGGAUAAGUGCCUAGCCAAUUCAGUGGGGGGAAAAUCCAUCCAAAUGGUUAAUUGGCAUUGUGUAGCUCCCUCCCAAACCCAUGAUUUAAAAAAAAAAAAAUUACACUUAAAUCAGUUGUAGGCGUUUGGUAGGUAUGGGUCAAAUGACAUGCUGGUGUUGAGUGAGUCUGUUGGAAAGUCUCCUCUAUUUGGUUUUAGCGAAUGAACAUAUUAAUGGGAGCAAAAUGUGACUGUUGAACUUCCUGACUCCUGGCCCAAAGGUCUCCUCUUUUAGGUUCUGUAAUGUGUGCCCCAAACUGCCUGCCUGUGCCUCACUUUGUUCUAACUUUCAGGGCAGGACGAUCUUUUCUAUGUGUUCUGAGAGAUUGCAUGGCUAAUUUGUACCAUCUGGAAGGCAUGGGAAUGCUCUUUUGAAGGGAGGCAGCAAAUGUUUGUGUGACACAAUGUAUCUUUUUUUUUUUUCUUUUGAGUAAGCCAAUAUGUACUUCUCAACGUUUCCUCUUUGCAUAAUGGCUGUUUAUGCUGCUGAUUCAACUCUUUAAAAAAAUGAAUGAGAAUAGAGGAUAUGCCACAAUUACUGGAUUUUCAAGGAAAGGCCUGGCUUUUUCCUCAUUAGAAAGCUUUUUAUAAAGAGAGAUCCUUUUGAUUCCAGCCCAGGUGUGUCGUUAGAGGGCUUUUAAUUUAAUCGUCUGCUGAGACUGCUUUAAAAAAUACCAACUACCCUAAAAACCCGUGAAAGCAUUCACUUAAAUGCAACAGAUGACUUUCCCCCAAAGAACUGGCAGCAGAAUAGUAAGUACCAUGUGUCUUAAAGAUCAUGAGAGUGCUGCUGCCGUUUGUUAGUAAUGGGAGGCUAGUGUUUUAAUUGGCUGCAGCUGAGCUCUGUGGAUCAGUCCUGUGUUCACAGCUCCUUAACUUCCUUGCCUUGGGACUUUGAGAAUGUCACUUAUUUGUGAGUCAUGCAGAUUUGCUAGUAGGUGAUAUUUACAAGGCAUUGUUUCUCUUGGAAAAUGCCACAUCAGCCUUUAACACAGUCUGACAUAGAGCCGGGGUGCAGCAGGAUUUUUUCUUUCUUUUUUUUUUAAAAAGUCUCUGAUCUAAACUUGCCCUGGAUUGAGCCGCCUUUUCCACAUCCACGGCAGUAUCUAACCUGAAAGAGAAUCUUUGUGUAGCUGUGGGGUAAAACUGCUUUUGCCUUUAUGUAUUUAAUAAAUCCCAACUCAUGUUCUCUAGAGGAAGUCCAAUACCAGUUUAUAAUUUUUUCUUGCUCUUGCUAGUGGCUAUCAAAAAGCCUUUUUCAAAUAUAUAUGGAACAAAAGAUUAACCUAUAAACCUCUUAAAUACACAUAGGUUCUUGUCAUUAUUUAUCUUUUGUUAUGAUGAAAUGGUUGCCAUAGUUUUUGGAAAUGUUUAGUUACAACCUGAAUAUUUUUUAAAAGUUACUUCAUUUCUAGUGAUUCUUAAAACAAACUUUGAAUGAAUGAAUUCUAGACAAAUCCCAAGCCUAACUUAAAGGAUUCUUUGUAAAGCAUUUCAACUUAAAAAAGGGGGAAAAUCAAGCCCACACACUUUCCAGUUCUGAAAGCUUCACUUAAAAUGCCUUUAUUUCUUAUCAGAUCCCCGAUUCUACACCAUUGAAGUUAAAAAUUGAGCCAAGAACAGAGCCCCGGAAUACUUGGGCUAACCCUGAUGCAUAAAGUUUGGUGGGUUGUUUUUAUGAGUGAAGGAAUUUUGAUAUUUUAUAAUGUUUUAUGGAGUGGGAAAGUUGGGGUUGGGCCAGAGGUUUCCCUUCAUAUUUAUUUCUCUGUUAAAUUAGGCAGGGUGGGGAAACUUUGAAAACUUUAUGUGUGUAAGGAUAGGAAGUCAACUCAUUUCAAAGCCCCCAAAACUUGUUAAAUAUAAAUUUGCAGCUUGGUAUUGCAAAGAUAAUUUUUUUAAUCUGCACCCUAUUUCAUAGUGUGCUGGUCUGAUGUAAAUCUUAAACUCGAGGGCAAUAUUACUAUUUCAGAAAAUGUGAUGUACCUGAGCCUGUUUUGUUAUCUUUUUUCUACUAUGUGUAUAUGAACUGAAUUCUUGCAACUUUAUGGAUACUAUGCUUUCUGUUUUUAGAUAUAUUCUGAAAAACCAGGUAUUUUACAAAGCCAAAAUAAGAAAAAAGUCCUCCACAUUGCCUCUUAUCAAUAUUGUGCCUUACCAAGUUGUGUUUUUCUGUUUUUAAAUGUAGGUGAUACUGAGCAGAAUAUUUCUCUUGAAAAUGUGAUGAGUCGGGUGGUAUGAAAUAAAUUCCAACCUGUAUA